GAGAGAGAGGAGAAGAGGAGAGAGGGAGGAGAGAGGGGAAGAGAGGAGAGGGAGGAGAGGAAGAGGAGGAAGAGAAGGAGGAAGGGAGGAGGGACAGGGGAAGAAAGGAGAAGAGAGGAGGAAGGAGAGGAGAGAGAGAGAGAGAGGAGGAAAGAAGAGGAGGGGGAAGAAGAGGAAGGGAGGAGAGAAGGGGGGGGAGGGAGGGAGGAGAGAAAGGAGAGAAGGGAGAGGGAGGAGAGAGGAGAGGAGGAGAAGAGGAAGGGGAGAGAAGGAGGAGGGGAGGGGAGAGAGAGAGAAAAGGAGAAGAAGGAGAGAGAGAAGAGAGAGGAGAGGAGGAGGAGAGGAGAGGAAGAGGAGAGGAGAGAGGAGGAGAAGAGGAAGGAAAGAGAGGGGAGGAGAGAGGAGGGGAAAGGAGAGAGGAGAGGAGGGAGAAAGAGAGAGAGAAAGAGAAGAGGGGAAGAGAGGAGAGGGAGGAGAGGGAGAGAGGAGGGAGAGAGAGAGAAAAGAAGGGAGGAGAAGGAGAGGAGAAGGAGGGAAGAGAGGGAGAUAGAGGAGAGGGAAGGGGAGAGAAAAAAGGAGGGAGAAGAAGAGAAGAGGAGGAAAGAAAGG